AUGGUUUGGAAUUCAACCACCAACGAAUCUCACGCAGAAUGCGUCCCCUGUCCAAAUGGAACAAUGGUUAUAGGUGACGCUUCCAGUGUGAUGACUGUUGAACAAGCUUGCAAAUCAUGCCCUCCUGGAAUGGUGCCUUCAGAAGAUAAGGAAUGUGUCAUUGACCGCACCCCAAAUGUAACCCAUGCUUACGAUUUCACUGAAAUCUUCAGCAUGUGA